GAAGGAUAGGACAGAAACUUUCCUGAUCAAGCAAGCUGUCAUAGAAGAGUGGAUUGAUGACUGGGGCUGGGAAUUGAAAAACCGCCAUAUUUAACAUUCAGGAUCCAAGUGAAAUGGAUGCCAGUUCAAAUACGGUUGUUGUUACUGGGUUUGGGCCCUUUCGACAGCAUCUUGUUAACUCUAGCUGGGCAGCUGUGAAGGAGCUGUCCAAACUCGGCCUUGGCAGUGAAAUAGACCUAUACAUCGCAGAACUACCAGCAGUUUACCAAAAAGCAAAAGAGCUUGUCUGUGCAAUAUGGGCAACACGUCAGCCCCAUCUUGUGAUUCACGUUGGCCUGGCUUCGGCUUCCAGAGCCACCAUCCUUCUGGAGCAGUGUGGAAAGAACAAAGGCUACAAAGAAAGAGAUGUUUGCGGGUUUCUCCCAGAAGAUGGCUGUUGUGUGUCUGAAGGCCCAGAAAGAAUUGAGUCAACAAUUAAUAUGAAGAGAGUCUGGAAAAACCUCCUGACAGAAGGGAUCGAUGCCGUUUUUUCCAGAGAUGCGGGAAGGUAUGUCUGUGAUUAUACCUAUUAUACUUCUCUUUACUAUGGUAAUGGAAGAGCCGCAUUUAUCCAUGUGCCUCCGCUAUCCAAGUGGGUAACAGCAGAAUUUCUAGGAAGAACACUGCAGAGAGUUAUCUUAGAAAUGCUGAAGCAAUGCAAGCAGGAAAACAGAGAACGAUCCAAAGGAGAACCAUUGGAAGAUGAACAAGAAGACCCAUGGAAGAAAUGAAGGAACUUUUUAUGUUCUGAACCCUUUCAUGUAUCCAUCUGACAGUGAAUAAAAGCACCACACGAGAC